GCUGGGCGGGCGGGCGGUCCCCGCUGCGGCUCGGCGCCUUCUCCUCCUACUUCUCCUCCUCCUCGUCCUCAACCUCCUCCUCCUCCUCCUCCUCCUCUGGCCGCUGCGGCGCGGGGGCUGCGGGCGGAGCGGCGGCGCCAUGAGCGGGGCGGCGGCGGCGAAGAGCGAGAAGCUGGACGAGGCUCAGGCGCUCGCCCGCAGCUGCGCGGGCAGACCCGACUUCCAGCCCUGCGACGGGCUCUCGCUCUGCGCCACCCACAGCCACGGCCGCUGCUUCCGCCUGCACUGGUGCUGCCACCUGGGAUGGUGCCACUGUAAAUACGUCUACCAGCCCAUGACCCCCGUGGAGCAGCUGCCCAGCACCGAGAUCCCCGUCCGCCCGCGGGAGCCGCCCAACACCAUCCAAAUCUCGGUGUCUCUCACCGAGCACUUCCUCAAGUUCGCGCCCGCAUUCCAGCCGCCGCUGCCGCCCGAGGCGCCGCAGUUCUGCACCAUCGCCGACCUGUUCAUCGACAACUACCGCGUCAAGUGCAUCAACGGCAAGAUGUGCUACGUGCAGCGCCAGCCGCCCGCCCUGCACAGGGCCAGGCCCGAUGACGCUUCCGUCCGCAACGCCUUAAUCGCAAAGGAGAGCAAUACGCCCAACCCCGAGCACUGCUCAUCCCCCUCCAGCUCCGAGGACUCCGGCAUCAACGCCGUGGGGGUUCACUACAUGGAGUCGUGUGAUGAGGACACGGAGGGGGUGGCCGAGCUGAGCUCAGAGGAGGAUUACAGCCCCGAUAGCAGCUGGGAGCCGGACGAGUGCCCGCUCCUGUCGCCCUCGCAGUGCGAGAUGGAAGUGAUCGAGACUAUAGAAACCACUGUGUGACCACAGAAGUCGGCAUCGGCUCAGUCCGCUUCCCUCUCAGUAAUGUUGCUUUUGUAGUAUUUCUAUUUUCCAUUUUUUCUGACAAUCCCUUUUUUCCAGUGCACUUGAUAUUUCAGACUCCUCUCAUGGGAGCGCGGUCACAGGACUCACAUAUGGUGAAGUAGCAGCAGCCUGAGCAAUUUUAACACGUUCUCAGCCUGAUCAGCUCUCCCACGUCUGCACGUAAGGUAGUGACAAAUCUUAAGACUUUUCUAACAGAAAGAGGCCCUUUUGUUGGUCUGGGUUACCCCACACACAACUUCUCACACGAAGAUGUGCCACUCGAGAUGUUUCCACCCGCCGGGUUGUUGGCACGGGGGGCACAGCUCUGGAGCAGCAAACCAAGGUGCCCUUAAUCUUUGUCCAACAGCUACACGAGGCUCCUCUGAUCUCUGUCCCGGCGCCUUAUCCGGCCUCUCCCUGGAGCUGGUGCGACCCUUCCCCGAGGCUGUCGGCACCACGGUCCCAGCACGUUGGAAUGGCAGGCUACAGAAUGCACAAAGUGCCUCCAACUUUUCUCCAGGCUAUGCACCGAGCAGCUGCUCUAGUUGGCCAGGCUCUGACAUCUCCUGAGAAGGCAGCUCUUGCUCUGGAGGGGGAUGACUUGCCAGAAUCCAGCUGGUUCCUGUUCUCUGCCUGGWUCUCGGGAGAGGGUCUGGCUUUUGUAGGAGGAGCAGGCAGGGGUGGGGCACGGCCCUGUAACCAAUACCACAUGGGGAGCACUGGCACAGGCCGAGGAAGCGACUACCUCCGAACACCCGCCCCCGGCUCCGCCUCUGCCUCCUCCUGGGCUCUUCGGUGCCGGACACUCAGGACCAAAUGGCCUCGGAGCCUGCAUUUGCCUGAAGAAUAACAAAGUUUAAACAAAUAGAAUUUUACCAGCCACACCACUGUGUCGGCAGAGCUUGGGGACAGCAUGGAGGUGCCCCAGGGAGGUGGCCCACGGGCUCGGUGGUUUGUGAGCUUGCUAAAACACAGCCUAAGGUCAUCCUAGGGGAGAGAGGAGGCUCUGGCUCCUGCUCCUCCACUCGCAGCCCAGGAGCAGGGUCGGAGCAGGGGUCCCUCACCCAGCUGGUAGCGGAGCUGUCCUACAGGAGGUUCGGUUUCAGCCCUGCUUGAAGGAAACACAAACGCCGCUCUCAGAUUCCAGCCGGCUGAUGAGCUGGAGCCAGUAACUCCUGUGCUCCYACAGCGUUACAGCCACUCGUGUGGUUGGUUUGCAUUUCAGAAGUCCCUGGUGAAUCCAAGGCUGUAUAAACGUGUACARUUAGUGAUUGAUCCUAGAUUAUAGUCCGUGGUAGAGGAUGGCUCAUCUCUCACUGUAUCCUGACAAUGUAUUCCCGAUUUUAUACACUUUGUAAUCCGUAUCUUUAGAAGACUUUAGGCAACAGUGUGUCUGUGCACAUGCGCGUGUCUAGGAGUUUCCAUGGGUGGAUAUAAAGUAAUGCUGUACUUUUUAGACUUUAAGACUUUCGGACAAAAAUUACCGGUUUUAUAAUUUUGAUGACUUACAUAAAAAUGUGCAAUGCUUGUGGAACGAGGAACUUGGGCCAUUGCAUGAACGGAUACAUUCUCACAAGGCACCUGAAAAUAUUCUGUUUUUCUGAGGGCAUUUAAACAAAGGCUGUAGUAAAACUAAAUAGGAUUUAUUUCUUUUUUAA